AUGAGCCACAUUACUCUUACAGACAGUCUUGCAAUAUUGCAGCUUGUUUAUUACAGCGCUGCACUAUUGGCGAGCAUUUGGGUAUCCGCGCGCCACGGCUUGGCGAAGAGCUCGGGUUGGAUCUUCCUCGCCAUCUUUAGCACCAUCCGGGUUGUGGGUUGCUCCGCGCAAAUUUCCACGAUCAUAUCUACCUCGGAUACUGCUGUCACGAUCGCGACAAUAACGACCUUCCUCGGUAUCUCACCUCUGCUGCUAGCAGCACUCGGGAUUAUAUCUAGAGUGUAUUUCUCUAUGCUUAAGGCUCCCUGGAGGACAGUCUUCAGCAUGGGAAUUAUCAAAGUCGUCCAAGUUCCCGCCGCCGUAGCUCUCAUCCUCUGCAUCGUCGGAGCUACUUCCGCAGAUUCUCCUGCCGAUAUCACCACCCAAGCUACCGUCAAAGUUGGAGUAGCAAUAUUUCUAGCCGUCCUCGUUGUUCUCAGUCUUCUCGUAGCCGGCGCGGCUCUAUGGCAACGCAGGACAGGAGCGCAUUGGGAGGGUAAGCUGCUAGCGGUCGUGGCGGCAUCGCUUCCGAUACUACUGGUGCGGUUGAUCAACUCAUUCCUCCUCCUUUUUUCCACCGGAUUCCAGAACUUCACAGCGAAGAAUUCGACUGGAUCUGUCAUGGUGGAAUUCUUCAUGGCUAGGGUCGAGGAGAUGGUUGUCGUCCUCAUGUACCUGUGGGCAGGGUUCACACAUCAAGUCGUCCCCAAUAACAAAGAUACGACCAAACGCACCAAGAGAGAAGAAUUCAAGGACGAAUCUGCACGCAUUGCUUCCCGAGUUGAGAAAGCCAGGAAUAAGCGAUCUGCUAACCCAAGGCCCCGCACCUGCACACCUCCCUCAUCGAGUACCCAAGUGCGGCCACCAAAGGGGAAUGAUCACACACUUCCCCGCCCGAGCUCCCCAGGGCUUGUCACGUCCCCAGAAACCACGGUUCUCGCCUAUUUCAUGAACUGCUUCAUCAUCACCUCUCCGUUUGAGGGAUAUCUUCCUUCACUCUGCCGAGGAGGCUCCCUGGAUGAGCACGACGCCUUUUCAUCGGCAACUCGUGCUGCAGCGUUCGCUACCUUCGCCUUGAGAGUGAGGAAUCCCCGCUAUCUGGGGACGGCGAGAUCCAACUACGCCCUGUCCCUGGCCAAGACAAAUGCGGCAUUGACGUCACAGGAGGAUGCAGUGCUCGACAAGACUCUUGCGGCAGUACUCCUGCUGGGUCUCUUCGAAGCCUUGGUCUUUCAGGGGCCGCGGUCCGGCGAGAGCUGGACGGCACAUACGAUGGGCGCGGCGGAGCUCCUGCGACUGAGAGGCCCGGGCCAGUUCCGGUCCAAGACAUCCCAUCAGCUCUUCGUCCAGACCCUCACCAACAUCCGGACCAGCUGCGUCCAAAGAGGGUUGCCUGUCCCGAGCGAGAUUAUUGCCCUGGCCGCUGAGGCGAAGGAAUGGAUAGAUCCUAGAGAUCCGACCUUCCGUCUCGGCCCCAUCAUAGACCGUGCCGCCAGCAUCAGAGCGCGAGCGGAAACAUGCCCUGGGUCGGAAUUCGCGCUCGAAGCCUGGAAUCUCGAUCGAGAAAUCACCCUUCUAACCAAGAGCCUCGACCAGAUGCUACAUUUCGGCAUCGCAUACGAGGAAGAAGCCUCUCCCUGGUCGUACCUCGGCAUCGCCUACCGAUACCCCAGUCAUCGCGCCGCCAAGUACUGGAACGCUGUUCGCAUGAUACGGAUGUUUGUCAAUAAUCUGAUAUGGGACAGUGCUUCGCUCGGGCUCAAAGACACUGGACAUUCCCACGGAAUCGACAAAGAGACCACCUGUGAUCCACUAUGCAACUGUGCGUUCUUCGAGAGCCUCCAAGCCGAGGCAGCCGAUAACAUGGAGAUGCUCGCCACGGAUGUGCUCGGCAGUGUGCCAGAGUUCCUGGAACGGGCAGAGGCGGGCAAAAUAUUUCGUCCUUCCGCAAGGACCUUGAUCUGGCCGUUGUAUCUCAUUCAGCAGUUUUCUCUUUGUUCUCUCACGGCGAAAACUCGGGCUACCGCAUAUCUCUACGAGAUAGCGAACGACCUGAACAUUCCUUAUGUGGCACAGGUGGCGCAAAUGUGUGAGCUGCCCGGGUUUGAAGAUACCAAGUAA